CCAAGCGGACAUAGAAGUUGCAACGUCGGAACCGCAACAUUUAACAAAUAAACGUGAUAUUGUUAAUCGGGCGGUGCGCCAUAGUUGUUGCUUUCUAAGAUUUUAGCGUUCAGAAACGGAUUUUGGUCCUUCAUAUUUUUGGUUGAAUUCUUAAUAUUUCAUGGAAGUAUUAAAUAAGAUUAAAGCCAAUUGCUGAAUAAAUAUAAAAGAAUUGAAAUAUUUACACAUAUGCACUUAUGCUAAAAUGGCAAAAAUUAUGAAUUGGGCAGUCAUAUCCGCGGUGCUUAUUAUUUUCUCCAAUGCCAAUGUUUAUGCGAAAGCCAGCAUUAUAGGGCAGAAAGACACUGCUUCGCAUCAAUCACAGGAAUUGACGAUUCAGAGAAAUCAAUAUCAUCACCCUCAUCAACAGCGGUAUCAUAAAUCACUUUUUGUACCACAACAAGAAGAACGACUGCAGCAAAGGAUUCAGUUUCAACAUCGACAAGUACAGCCCGAAAUAUUGUCCUCAUUUGGCCCUAAUGCUCAAGUGGAACAGGUUUACAAUAAAACAAGAUCGACGAGACUGCGUCGCUUAAGUUCAAGGAACUAUUAUAACAAUAAUAUUUCACCACGUGGCGCUCGAAAUCAUCGAGUUAGUCCAGACUGGAAGUAUCAUGUCUACAAUGCGCAUAGCAACACGUUUGAGUCGCCAAAAAGUUUGCCUACGCUCAGUACCGUAAAUGUAGGUGACAAUGGUGGAAAAGGCGACGACAAUAGUGAUGAUGUGGAACUUAUCGGUCCGAAUGGAACUGAAAUGACUAGUCCGGAUUGGGUGAAUACUCGACGAAGUUAUGGUUUUGUACCUCUGCAUACAACAGUCACACCAUCAACAAUUCUUCCUCCUCCAUUAGUGCCGGCACGACGAGGUUACGUUACGGCAACACCACCAAGCUUAAACUCGGGCCAUACUACCGAUGAGCCAAACGAGACAAAUAAUAUCGACUCCAAAGACAUGGAAAAACGACAUAUUUGUGUACAGCAACGCACCAUCACCAUGCCCGUAAAAACAACCGAAGUCUAUGCAAGACCGAUCUGGAAACAUGUCAACACGCCUUGCAGCGCAGUUCAAGUGCAGACGCAACAUCCAAAUCAGAUGUGUACCAGAGUUCAGCUAGUCCAUGAGCAGGCUUUUCGCGAUGUCAUUCGCCAUAAGGCAUCGCAACAAGUUACAUACGACUGCUGCAGCGGUUGGGAACGCGAAUUUCCAAAAUCAGAUUCCUGCUCAAAACCCAUUUGUAGCACUGGGUGCCAAAAUGGUGGCUCUUGUACUGAACCUGAUACGUGCACUUGCCCCGCAGGAUUUACGGGGAAAUAUUGUGAACACGACAUAAAUGAAUGUAAAGAAGAGAAGCCAUGCGACCAGACCUGUGUCAACACAAUUGGCUCAUACUUUUGUGAAUGCCGCAAAGGUUUCGUUUUACAAUUGGAUCAGCAAAGUUGCAAGAAAAUCGGUUUGCAAGAUGAUGAUGCUUUUGAAGCACGGGAUUUAGAAAAUGAAAUCGAGUCAAGUGAUAAGGAUGUUAGUGCUCGUCUUCAGAAAAUUGAGCGCUCCUUAGCAAAUGAGAGGGUACAUACAAAUGAGUUGCAGAAAUCACUUCAAGCUGCUCACAGUGUUGUUGAUACUUUAAAGAGUCGCCUAAGUACUAUAGAAAAGCAGCAGCAGGACAUAAGUCGGUUACAGUCAAAUCUGUACCAAACAGAGACCCGGACUAACAGGCUUGAGAGCAUGCUAAAUCUAUUAAUGAAGUGCCGAAAUGGACCUAACGCCAAUUGUCCGUAGAAAUCAAAGAACUAGACUGUAUAUGUAAUUAAGUUAGCUCUAGCGUAUUUUAAUGAUUUUCUAUUAAAAAUGUGAAAAAGUGUUUCUCAUCAAUAAUUUACAUAAUUUACAUAAUUUUGUCAAUUAUCAAUUUUUGACUUCAUAUGCAUUUGACUUCAACCUAUGAUUCUUUAGACAAUAAUACAUAAGUGUGUUAGAAUAUUUGUAAAUAAAUAUCUAAAUGAAAGCUUGUAUGAUUGUAAUAUGUACAUAAAUAAGUAAACUUGCCAUUUACAAAUGACCAAAUUGACAAAUACUCGUGUAUCCAAAAAACGAUGGUUUAACGAACCCUAUUGCAUUUACUGUCAAUAAAUAGUAUAUAUACAUAUAAAUGAAAACCUGAACUAUGCGAAAAAUA